UCCGAUCCGUAGCAGCGGUGUGGUUAAGAAAGACAAUUCUCGCGUUUUUUAGGCUAAAUAACCUUUAAUAAUGCCGUAUGCCAACCAGCCGACGGUUAAAAUAACAGAACUGACGGACGAAAAUGUCAAGUUUGUUAUAGAAAACACGGAUUUGGCGGUUGCAAACUCUCUCCGCCGUGUCUUCAUGUCAGAGGUUCCCACAAUAGCCAUCGACUGGAUCCAAAUCGAUGCCAAUUCGUCCGUGCUGCACGAUGAGUUCAUCGCACACAGAGUCGGCCUCAUUCCCCUCACCAGCGACGACAUAGUGGAUAAAAUGCAGUAUUCAAGGGACUGCACCUGUGAUGACUUCUGUCCAGAGUGCUCUGUGGAGCUGACUCUGGACGUUCGAUGCACAGAGGACCAAACGCGCCACGUCACCUCCCGUGAUCUGCUCUCCAACAACCCCAGAGUCAUCCCUGUCACCUCCAGAAGCAGAGACAACGAUCCAAACGACUACGUCGAGCAGGAUGACAUCUUGCUUGUGAAGCUACGUAAAGGUCAGGAGCUGCGGCUCAGAGCGUACGCCAAGAAGGGCUUUGGUAAGGAGCACGCCAAGUGGAACCCGACUGCUGGGGUGUCCUUCGAGUAUGACCCAGACAACGCGCUGCGGCACACAGUAUAUCCACGCCCCGAGGAGUGGCCAAAGAGCGAGUACUCUGAGAUUGAGGAGGAUGAAGUUCAGGCCCCUUAUGACCCAAACGGCAAGCCAGAAAGGUGAGAAAAGCCUCUGCUUAA